AAUAUGUGGAUGUUUUCUUGGUUUUGUGCCAUUUUAAUUAUUUUGGCUAUUGCUGGUAUGGAUGCAAUAGCAAAGACCACACCUUUUACCAAAUUCACGAAGAAAUCUGAGAGAAAAGAGAUGCUGAAGGGUCCAAAGCCAUCUAGUGGCCUACCUCCAGAAGAAGACAAAAGCCCUGUCACAGAAGUGGCCAAAAUGGCAAAACCAACCCCUAGUCCUUCAGCCCUCGGUUCUGCCUUUGGUGAUGCCACCCUCUUUCCCUUUGAAAACUUCACUCUGGACACGGCUGAUUUCCUCUUGAACUGCUGUGAUUGUUGUUCAUCUGGACCAGGGCAAAAAGGAGAACCCGGACAGACUGGAAAGCCAGGUUUUAAGGGAGAGGCUGGUGUUAUAGGGAUCCCAGGGCCACCAGGAGUUGUUGGACCCCAAGGUCCAAAAGGCCAGAAAGGAGAGAAGGGACUUAAGGGAGAACGUGGGGACCAAGGAACAAAUGGAGUUCCAGGGUACCCAGGAAAACCUGGAGAACCAGGUGGACUUGGUCCUAAGGGGGAUAGAGGCAACAUCGGACUGGCAGGAGUGAAAGGACAGAAAGGCUCAAAGGGGGACACAUGUGCCAACGGUACCAAAGGAGAUAAAGGAGAUCGAGGGGCUAUGGGUGCACCAGGCUUGAACGGAGAGCCUGGGGCCAAGGGAGAGAAGGGUGAGGUGGGAGAUAAGGGCUACUGUGGAGAUUCUGGGGAGAGGGGGGGGAAAGGAGAAAAAGGUGAAGUGGGCAUGAAAGGAGAAAAAGGUAGUAAAGGAGAUACUGGAACAGAAGGCAAAAGAGGCCCAGAGGGCCCACCUGGGGCCAAAGGUGAUCUAGGAAUUAAGGGAGAAAAGGGAGAGUUGGGUCCUCCUGGCCUUGUGGGACCUGCAGGGCCGAAGGGUGAGCUCGGGAGCAAAGGUGUCCGCGGGUCUAUUGGGAAGAAGGGCUCCCGGGGGCUCAAGGGCUCCAAGGGGGAGGUGGCCAGAGUUCCCCGGUCGGCUUUCAGUGCCACUUUAUCCAAGCCUUUCCCUCCCCCCAACACCCCUAUCAAAUUUGACAAGGUUCUCUAUAAUGACCAAGGGAAUUACAGCCCUGUUACUGGGAAAUUUAACUGUAGUGUUCCUGGGGCAUAUGUUUUUUCCUACCAUGUCACUGUGAGGGGCCGACCCGCUCAGAUCAGCCUAGUGGCUUGGAAUAGGAAGCAGUUCAAGUCUAGAGAAACGCUCUAUGGUCAUGAGAUAGACCAGACCUCUCUCCUUAUCAUCCUGAAAUUAAGAGCAGGGGACCAAGUCUGGCUGGAAGUUUCAAAAGAUUGGAAUGGGGUGUAUGUCAGUGCUGAGGAUGACAGCAUUUUUACUGGGUUCCUUUUGUACCCAGAGGAAAAUCCUGGAAUUUCACCAUAAACUUGUAUCUUCAACACUGUAGUGAGGGUUCAGUGGAAUGAGUCAGGUAACACUGGGUAGUGCUACUUAAAAACAAAAAAACUUCAUUUUUUUCAUGAUUAU